GUGCAUACGCCUUUAACGUAAGGCUGAUCAAGCGAUCUUCGACUACACUGAUGACACAUGGAUUAGCGUAAACCUGGGUCUAGCUCACUCCCCCGCCACACCGUAACUGGUGGGUGAUCGCUAACAUCCCGCGGCAGGCAACGCAAAACCAGCCGAUGUGACGAGGACGCGCUUGCUGCACUCCCUGAAACCAUGGACUUCAAUGUCAAGAAACUGGCCUCCGAUGCAGGGGUUUUUUUCACACGGGCAGUCCAGUUCACGGAGGAGAAGCUGGGCCAGGCUGAAAAGACUGAGCUGGACGCCCACCUGGAGAACCUCUUAGCCCGGGCAGACUGCACCAAGAACUGGACUGAGAAAAUUUUCCGUCAGACGGAGAUCCUUCUGCAGCCCAACCCAAUUGACCACACGGGUGCGCGGAUUGAAGAGUUCUUCUACGAGAAGCUGGACAAGAAGAUUCCAUCUCGUAUCACUAAUGGGGAGAUUCUGGGCCAGUAUAUGCAGGAUGCAGCCAAUGACUUUGGUCCCGAAACUCCCUACGGGAGCACUCUGAUCAAAGUGGGGGAAUACCAGAGGAGACUGGGUGGUUCAGAGCGUGAGUUUAUACAAACAUCUGCCAUCAGCUUCCUCACGCCACUGCGCAAUUUCCUGGAGGGUGACUGGAGGACCAUCUCGAGAGAGAGGCGUCUUCUGGAGAACCGGAGGCUGGACCUGGACAUCUGCAAAGCGCGUCUGAAGAAGGCCAAGGUGGCUGAGGCCAAAGCUUUGGCCACGCCCGAUUUUCAGGAGACUAGGCCUCGCAAUUUUGUUCUGUCAGCCAGUGCUUCUGCGCUCUGGAGUGAGGAGGUGAACAAAGCGGAGCAGGAGCUGCGUGUAGCGCAGACUGAGUUCGACCGGCAGGCAGAGGUGACACGUUUGCUCCUGGAGGCCAUCAGCAGCACGCACGUGAACCACCUGCGCUGUCUGCAUGAGUUUGUGGAAGCCCAAACUACUUACUAUGCACAGUGCCACCAGCACAUGCAGGAGCUACAGAGGGAGCUGGCCAGAUCAAGUGGAGAUGCCUUCCCCAACACCUUCGCCAUGAGCCCCAGCCGGUCGGCUGGCGUCCCGGCACAGCUGGCCCCCCCACCGGGGGCUAGUCCCACCCACAAGGCUCUGGAGGUGGAGGAGGUGCAAGCCCCCGCGGCAGGCACACGCAAGGCCAAGGUGCUGUACGACUACGACGCAGCAGACACGAGCGAGCUGUCCUUGCUGGCUGAUGAGCUGAUAACGGUGUACACGCUGCCAGGAAUGGACCCGGAUUGGCUGAUCGGAGAGCGGGGCAACCAGAAGGGAAAGGUGCCCGUCACAUACCUGGAGCUCCUCAGCUAAUGCCACUGGGCGGACAGAUGUGACGGACAGCACUGCUCAUACCACGACAUCAUGCACAGCCAGUGACGCCCACAGAGAAUGCACAGCACACCCCUAAUCCCAGGGACAACCCCCAGAGCUGCGUAGACCGCUGAACAGGGAACAUUCACGAGAACCACAAGUGAAGGGAACGCAUGUAUGUAUGCAUGUAUGUAUGUAUCAAAAACGUGUUGUGAGCUGACUUCCAGGCCCCAGGUUUAGGUGACUGGGGCCCGGCUGUAGAUCAGCUGCACACUCCCUUCGGACUUUGCCGGCUUGCUCUGACGCCAGGGCCCGUCGCUUGUCCACCUGUGGUGCGUGACGCCCCGUGACCAUCGCUGACAAGCCGUGAUGCAGAUGAAGACUCCUGGAAGCUUCCCUCGUAUGUCGGCUCACCACCCAAAAUGGUGGGAGCGGAUUUUCGAUACUAAAAAAAAGAAUCUUUCUAGUGUCAACUUGUGGUUAUUUAUUUAUUGUUUUUCCCGUUCGGCUCAAAAUGUCACGUGAAAUAAUCAUAUUCAAAUUGCAAAAUGGAGGUAAUGUUGUGAAGCCUUCCUGACCUAAGGGGGUUUGUCGUGUGUCUGACUGUGACUGUAUACAUUCUGUGUCAUUUUUGUUUAUAAACAUCCCAGAAGUAACCUGUGUCCCCUAACAAUUUGUGAGUUUUCUGCUUAUUGGUCUGCAUAUGAAAAGGAAACGACAGUAUUUAUCUAGAUAUAGUUUCUUCUGCUGUUGAUUCCCCCCCCAUUCUGUUAUACAAGCCAAUUUUUAAAUAAAAGGAAUCGGCUCUCUACAUGCUAUAUAUCUUUUGUCUUUUACUACUUGUAAUUUUUGUUUAUGAGGUAGACAGUCCUUUGCCGCGAGAUACAAUUACAAGUUUAUGUUUUGUGGUCUGCAGUCAUUUGCUGGCUGGUCUAACCCUGAAGGAAAUGGGCCAGAUCAGAUGCCGAUGCCACAUUUCAGUCCCACUGACUUUGCGUUUCUGUUCCUCAUUUACCCUGUUUGUGGUGAGAUGGUUGAGCCCUUUGGCCACAGUGGACUGAAUUCUGACUUCUUCAGUGCGGUGACCCAGCACUUCUCUCAAGUCUGUUUCUCCCCCAGUCCAAUUUACAAUCUGUCCCUUAUACCCAAGUGUAGUGAAUUGGUGUAAAUUUGCAAUGUAAUAAAAAUCACAAAGAAAAUGGCUCCACUGAGGGCUGUUUUUAAACAGUA